AUGGGAUUGAACUAUGGAGUCGUGUAUAAAGAUGCAACCUUGAAGACACUUAAGGCUUCUGCAAAAGGAAUCGAGAAGGCAGAGCCCGGGAAAGACAAAGAGCCUCCUCCUCUAGAGACUGUCAGUACAUCAAAGCAUCACCAAGUCAUAGACAAGAAGCGUAGUGGUUUUAAAAGGCACUUGGCUCAAGACCUAGCAAGCAACAAGAAGCUUUGUGUGAGAUUUGGGAGACUCAUCACAGCCAUUGUUCAACAUUUGGGGAUUGACAUCCCCAGUUAUGAGCCUCUACCUAAAGCUGCCCUAUUGGAUCUCCAUGCCUUUCACCAAAUUCACUUCCUAAACCGUUGGACCCAAAACCCAACCAAGUUUUGCUAUGACAAGACCAUCGCUCCUUAUCACAACUACUACACACUUCAGUGCACAGGCAAGGCCCAGCGCCGCCACCAAGAACGCCAUGUUCUCAGCACUGGGAUGCCAGCAAACCUAGCCCUGGACCGUGUCAGCCAAUUGGAGAAAGUUGUGGAGUGCCAGUCACGCUUCAUCUCGCGCCUAAUCCGCGUAGUUCGCCACAUUGCACCGGAUAGACUCUUCCGCCCUUCUCUCACUGCUAGAGAACCAUAUGAGCCCGAUCUUGGCGAGUUCUCACUCACCUCCGAGCUUGGUUCAGAAGGCGACGAUCCCAUAGAAGAGGAGGAGAGUACAUCCCACCACAACACCUAG